GAGCAGAAAGUGUGCGCGUCUCUGUGUGUGCGCGUGGAUUGCACCACCGCAUCCCGUUCACCGUUUCUACAGGCGGCCAUGCUCUGAUGGAGAGAAUAAGACUGACAAGCUUUUCUUUUUUCCUCAGAUACACACAUCACCGUGUCAUUCCAGAUGUGACUGACAAAGUCGUUUUAUGUCGCCCGCAUUGAGUCCUGCGCUGUUCACCUCGGAGAGACUGUGACACCAUGGCUCUGGUUAUGGAACCUAUAAGUAAAUGGACGCCAAAGCAAGUUCUGGACUGGAUGAAAGGUCUGGACGACUGUCUCCAGCAGUACGUGAAGAGUUUCGAGCGGGAGCAGAUGGGGGGCGAGCAGCUGCUGCACAUCACCCACCAGGAGCUGGAGGAGCUGGGCGUCACCAGAAUAGGACAUCAGGAGCUCAUCCUGGAAGCUGUCGACCUCCUCUGUGCCCUGAACUACGGCCUGGAGACAGAGAACCUCCGGACGUUGUCCCACAAGCUGAAUGCUUCGGCGAAGAACCUUCAGAACUUCAUCCUGGGCCGGCGGAGGGGCGGACACUACGACGGACGGGCUUCCCGAAGGCUACCCAAUGAUUUCCUCACCUCGGUGGUGGAUCUGAUCGGUGCAGCCAAGAACCUUCUCGCCUGGCUUGACAGGUCUCCCUUUGCCAGUGUGACAGAGUAUUCAUUACUGAAGAACAACAUCGUGCAGCUCUGCCUCGAAUUAACUACAAUUGUACAACAGGAUUGCACUGUGUACGAGACCGAGAACAAGAUUCUCCACGUGUGUAAGACCUUAGCGGGGAUCUGCGACCACAUCAUCUCGCUGUCAUCAGACUCUCUGGUCUCGCAGUCGGCCCAUUUAGAGGUGGUCCACCUUACCAGCAUCAUGCCGAGCGAAGGGCUGGGGAUGUACAUCAAAUCGACAUACGAUGGACUCCACGUCAUCACCGGAACCACAGAGAACUCUCCAGCAGACCAGUGUAAGAAGAUCCACGCCGGGGACGAGGUGAUCCAAGUCAACCACCAGACAGUGGUGGGCUGGCAGCUGAAGAACCUCGUGAACGCUCUGAGAGAGGACCCAUGCGGAGUCAUCCUCACGCUGAAGAAAAGGCCCCAGAACACCCUCAGCUCCACGCCGGCUCUGCUCAGGAACGUCCGCUGGAAACCACUGGGCCUGCAGCCGAUCCCCACCAGCCCCACCAGCACCUCCCCUACACCCGGUGGAACUUUGGGCAUGUCCAAAAUGGACGCCCCCAGCAUGCAGGACGUCUACAUCCUCUCUCCUGUCUCUGGACUCUACAGCACCAGGGAGGAGAUGGGUCUGAUGUCAUGCGAUGACAUCAGCCGUUACAGCGUCAGCUCCCAGUCCGGCUCCAAAGGUUCAGAGGCGGUCAGCUACUACCUGGACCAGGACAGUGGUCAGUACUUCUCCUUGCUAGAGGGCGACGGACCCCCAGGGCCCGACUACGACAGGGGCCGAAAUACAGGCGUUCGCCGGCGGGACAAGACCCCGACCCACGGUGACCUCAGACCCGUUUCCAUGCCUCCCGAAUAUAACUGGAUGGCCGAGGCCAAGGAACCCAGCAUGGGCAAGAGGGGGAGCCGAGACUCAGACAACUCCCUGCUGCGUUACCUUAGCGAUGACAAGAUCCUGGUGAUCGAGGAGGAGCCCGAGGGUCCGGGCAGAGAGAGCCGGCGGGAUUCCACCAGACGCUCUCGGCGCAAGAGCCGCAAUCCCAGCAGCCCCAGCUUUCCCAUCAGCCCCUCCAUGCUGUCCUCCACCCUGCGCCUAGACCAGCCGCCUGACGCGCUGCCCCAGCGGGGUGCGGACACACUGCGAGCCGACACGACAGACAGGUACUCGGGCUCAGGGAGCUCAGGAGCGGCCUCCAUGAGGAAGACUUUCCAUUACACCUCGCUAAGAACGAAAACCAAGAAGAGAAGUAAAGGUUCCCUCACCAGUGCCAGUCGAAGGAGAAUCUCGUGCAAGGACCUGGGCCACGGUGACUGCGAGGGCUGGCUGUGGAAGAAAAAGGACGCCAAAGGCUACUUCACUCAGAAAUGGAGGAAGUACUGGUUCAUCCUCAAAGAGUCCUGCCUCUACUGGUACACCAACCAAAACGACGAGAAGGCUGAGGGCUUCAUCAGCCUCCCCGAGUUCAGAAUAGACCGAGCCAUAGAGUGCAGACGGAAAUUUGCCUUCAAAGCCUGUCAUCCCAAAAUCAAGAGCUUCUUCUUCGCCACAGAUUGUCUCGAGGAAAUGAACAGGUGGAUGAACCGUCUGGGGCUAGCUGCUAUUGGCUACACACCAGACGACAAGGUGCCACGCCCCGACGAAGACUACUGGAGUGAGAGUGAUCAAGACGAAGUCGAUGGAUCGAUGACACUCAAACAGGAGGGACCCUCAUCUCUCUGUGAUACUUAUCACCGCACACCAUCAACUAACCUCCUCCACAGUUAUGGCCAGUUGCCGCGCUCAGUCAGCUCCAUGAGCCUCAUGCGCUCCACUCCGUCCCCACUCCCUCCACCAAUGAGUGCCUCCACCUCCCCCAUCCCUCCACAGAUGGUCUCUUCCACCUCCCCUCUCCCUCUUCAGGUCAAUUCUUCUAGCCCCUUCCCAGAACCCAAGCAUGGCCGGCACUUCUCCAGCGAGUCGACCCACUCCCACUCCUCAGCUGAGGACCAGCGUGGAGACGGCAUGGGCAUGGGCACGGGCACCGGCACAGGCAGCACCAGUACACACUCGUCCGGCUGCCGCUCUUCCCAUCGCGAGCGCCGCUCCUGGCAGGACCUCAUUGAGACCCCUCUGACCAGUGCAGGGCUGCACUUCCUCCAGACUGCGCCCGGGGAGAGUGAUUACGGAGGCCUAAUGGGGAGCAUGGCCGGGGAGAUGGGGCUCUACGGAGGGCUGGGCAGACAGGGCAUGUCCCCCGAGAGACGCAGGCAGGCCACGCUGCCUGUACGGAGACACCACGCCGCAGAGAGGGACAGGGAGCGGGACGGGCCCUUCCCUUUGGAGCGGGGGCCACACACACACAGUCACACACACCGACGCUCGCACAAGCAGCGGAGUCAGAGUCUGCCCAGGAACAGGGACCCGAUGCCUGGGAAGCUGAUACACACCUCAGUUCACAUGGAGGAGAGGAGCGAGGACGAAGAGGCGGAGGGGCAGGCUGCGGACAUGCUGGAAGGUCAGGAGGACCUGCGGGAGUUGAGGGUUGAGAGCAGAGAGAGGAGGGUGUCAGAAGGAAGGGAGCGGCGGGUGUCAGAGGGCCGUGAGCCAGAGUCUUUAGAUGGUCUAGAGCAGCUGUACCGGGCCCUGGAGCAAGCUAACGUGACGGCCCUAGGAGACCCGAGACCUUGUAGCAGGCAAGAGCUGCGGCGCUGUUUCACCCAGCGAGCCAGGGACCCCCUGCUCAACGACAGGCUACACCGGGUGCGAGCCCUCCGCAGCACCCUGAAGGCCAAAGAGUCGGAGUUGGCAGUGAUCUGUGCCCUCCUGGAGGACCCUGGCCUGUGCUCCCAGACCUUCAGAGAGUGGAAGCAGUGGCACAGCGAGCUCUACACAGACAUCUGCCAGCUCAGCCCUGGCACCAACGGCCAGGACGAGCUCUCCCCGCUGGCUGCGCCGCUCAUGACCCACACACACUCCUUCAUUGAGACCCACGUGUGAAAGAGAGAAGAGAAGCAAAGACUGAACUGAUACGCACACUCACUUACUUACACGCACGCGCACACACACACACACACACACGCGCACACAAAACACAGAGCUUUACUUUGGCUAUGCCCUCUCCCCCGAUCACAACUCUGAACAUGCACACUCACACCACAACACACAGGAACACACAUUGUAAGAUGUGUAAAUAUCAUAGAGGGAACAGUCUGAGACCUGCGUGUAUGAACUUUUGAUAAUCCCGAGGACCCCACAGGGUGCCUGUUGCAUGCCUGAGCAGAACGCAUUAAUCUUCCUUUGUCUAUGGAACUCAGCAUAAAACGCCACACGCUUGUCGAGCAAAAUGGAGGAAGAAGAAAAAAUCGGAGACUUUUUCACAUGUUUGUUCCUUUGUAUCGGUUUUGCUAUAUUCUUCCGGUUCAUUUUAGGGGGGGGGGGGCCGCAGGGGGAGCUAUGUAGCAGCAAUACAGAGGAGAACCCUUUUCACCACAGCACUGUACUUUUGUACUGAUGAACUUUGCACCCAGAGCCACCAGUUCUCCCCCUUUCCCCUGUGUCAUUUCUCUUUUUGUUGGUUGUCACUGCAUAUCUCACUGAUUUACAGGGACCUUACUGUUACUCCAGGCUGAUCUGACGGGACAGUGAGGGGUGUGGGGCCCGCGACUUAGUGACUUUGGUACAAGACUGUGAAAGGUAGCCAAUCGAUGCUGGCACAUCUGUUUUCAAGCAGAUGCAAACGGGUGUCAUGAGCAUUGAGAAACCAUUGUGCUGGCUACAUUCACACUAUUUCAAACUGUGAACUGUUAAACAACAAACACACACACUUAUAUCCGCAGAAGGAGGCUCCUCUGAUAGAGUGCAAUUCUACGGUUUAGUUUGCAUUCUCUCUCCCUCUCUCUCUGUGUUCCUCUCCAUCUCCUCCUUCUCUAUUUCUUAAUUUCUUAAUCCCUUUGUUUCUUCUCUCUCUCUCUCUCUCUCUCUCUCUCUCUCUCUCUCUCUCUCUCUCUCUCUAGUCUAAGACUUGUGUAUAUGUGUAUACUGCUGUGUAUACUGAUGUAAAUGUUUGCGUUCCACUACCACUGUGAUAUGCUUCUAGAGGUAGCGGAGGGAUGGCGGUAUGAGUAUGUAAUUGCGUGGGUGCAAAAUAUUUUUUUCAUUUCUUUUUCCUUUUUGUAAACAGCGAAUGCAAGAGCUAGAGAGUUCUUUUCAAAGGAGUCACUCACUACAAAGAAUGCACUUUCUACAUCUCUAUAUCUCAUUGGCUGCAUCACAGGGUCUAUGUCUUAUCGGCCUCUUUACCAUUGCUGUUCAAAAUAUCAGGUAAAAGCAUUUGCCGUCUCAUUUUCUAAAGAUUUGUGUACAGUCUACAAAUAUAUUUAAACAUAGAAGAAUAUAUAAAUCUAUUUACGUUUUGUGUCAUAGAUAUAAUGUAAAGUAUGACGUAUUCUAUGCCAAGGUUUUGCAGUGUCCCCCUCUUCACUCUGUAGACGCAGGUUGUUUAGCAGUUGAACAAGUCGGAGGCGAACAACAACAACAACAACAACAACAACCACCGUGACUGACAGUUGAUUGACAGAUUUUACUCGUUUACAUCAUCUUCUCCCGGUGAUGUGUUGCAUGAGAAAAAAGGCCUGGGACUGAUCUGAUUGGACAGGGUGAACUAUCGUGGAUCAUUUGUGUUUUGUUUUGUUUUUUUCUUUGUUUUUUCGUUUCAUCUUUCGUUCACAAUUGCAAGAUAAUUAGACUUGUAGCGCAUGAUACAUGCAAAAGAAUGACUUUUUAUUUAUAGAUAGGUUUAAUGUGUUUCUUUCAUUAGAUAGUGCUUGAAGACACAAACUGUACAAUAACUGAGGGAGGCACUUUUGCUUCUCGGUUAUUCGAUCUAAUGCAGAUCCUUCUUAGGCAACUAACCAGUGACUUUCAGUUUGACGUUUUGGUUCACAUAGAGAGACUGCCACACGUCCAAAGGCUCCAGGAAUCCACCUGAGGGACAACAAGUACAGUUACGUCUAAAACGAAACCUUUUAUUUUGACCUUCCCCUCCCAAGCAUAUGGUCGACACUGGGCGGUCAAAGACAUCGACAUUAAUUGGUCUGUAAUGUCUGUGAAACUCGGAGGAAUCAUUUCAUCUGCGAUAUCAGGCCAAGGACUCAACGGUGCCCCCCAGUGUCGGAGACUCUGAGAGACAUGCGUAGCACCUGCUGCAUCCAGCAUUAUCUGUACUUAUUCUUCAUAUUUUACUGUAGGUCUUUGAGUGUAGGUUGAGUUUUUUUUUUUCAUCUCACUGUUGUGAAAUAUCAAACACUCCCCCAAAAUUAUAGCUCCUGUUUUUUUUUUUCCAAUGGUUAAUUUGAGAGUACCACAUAAGGAAACUAACUGAUGCAAGUACUAUCCCUGUGCCUCCCAACCCUCUUUUUUUUGGCAACGAUGGACUAACUAUAGUGGCGAUCCUACACACACACAAACACACACACACAAACACACAUAGCUGUAGAAGAGCUACAACACAGUGUUAGUCCGCAGACCUCUCUCAGUCUCUUAUCUGUAGCGUCGGUCUUCUUCUUUUUCCAGCCGCUGCUCUGCUGAGCAGGCCACAUACUGUAGAUUAAGGAAUUGCGUGAGUUAUGAUUUGUAGGCACAGACUGUGUUAUCCCUCCCAGAUCUUUGUGUUUGUAGACCUGCAGAAACAGGCCGAAAAGGGAGAUUCCACUGUGUGUUCUUUCAGGGGUGUACACCUCAUGGUACAUUGCACAGGUGUGUAAGACGUAAGUUGCACUGCGACAUUAAAAAAGGAACAUAUUGCUCUUUUUCAAGGAUAAUAUUAGCUUACUGUUAUUCUGUACAUUAAAACUGACUAAAGAUGAUAUUAAAAAAGAAAGAAAAUGACAUUUAUUCUUCCUAAAGUAGCCUUUUUUUGGUUUCAUAUAUAUGAAUAUAUAUAUUACAAAAAAAAUACAGAUUGUAAACUUAAGUUGUUAAACUUUGACUUCAAUAAACUGAAUCCUCUGCA